UUAUUUCAGGUUAUAUUAGUUGUUGGUGGAAUUCAGUCUGAAUUAAGUAAUAAUUUAGAAUGGUUUGAUACACGAACAUACUCAUGGCAUUUUGGACCAGAAUUGAUUUCAAACUUUAAAAAAAAUAGUCUAGUCUUAAUGAAUGAUAAAAUUUUAUUUGUCGUGAAUGGCUAUUCUAGUGGUUAUUCACAACAUUAUUCCAGUCUUUUUAUGCUAGAUUUAUCUUUAGAAUCACUUUGUUGGCAACGAUGUGUGGACAUGUUAGUUGAGCGACAAACAUUUGGAGUUGGUGUAAUAAACGAUAAUAUCUAUGCAGUAGGCGGAUGGAGCUCUACAGAUGGUCAUUGCAGAAGUGCAGAAGUUUAUAACUACAAUACUCAAACAUGGCAUAUGAUAUCAAAUAUGUCUACUACAAGAUCUUCAUGUGCGGUUGGAGUCCUGAAUGAUCUUUUAUACGUGGUAGGAGGUUAUGAUCAAUCACUGCAGGCUUUAGACACUGUUGAAUGUUAUAAUCCCAGUAUUGGUAUGUGGUCACCAGUCGCAAACAUGUGCGAACGUCGCAGUGGUGUUGGUGUAGGAGUUUUAUACGGUGAACUAUAUGCUGUAGGCGGUGAUGAUGGAUCAAACAUUUUGAGUACUGUUGAAAAAUACAGCCCAAAAACAGGAGUUUGGACUACUAUAGCAUAUCUAAAUUUUCCACGAAAAAAUGCAGAAGUAGUUGCAUUAGAUGGAUUUUUGUAUGUCCUCGGUGGAAUGGACAAAUCUUCUAAUUUGGAUUAUGUAGAAUUUUUAAACCCAGACAACAAUACCUUUACCGUGAUCACAGCAAAAUGGAAUAUUAAGUGGAUUUCACCUGGAGCAGUAGCCAUUAAUAGGCCACAACAUUUUACAACUUGUUAGCAUUCAUGAUUUUUUUCUUUUGUAUAAAUGUUUUCAUAUUAUUGUAUCUUACACUAUAUAUAGGUUGUACAAUUCAUGCAUUUUUGUCUUAUGUAAAUAUUUUCCUAUAUUGUACAAUAAUACCUAUAUUUAUUGUAUUCUUUUUUUAAUCCUAUAACUUUGAAUGUUUCAUUAAAAGGUUCUCGUAUUAUCUUUAUCAAUAUAAUGAUAAUUUGCAGAUGAUUGUCUAGCUAAUAAUGUAUAUGUUUAAUUUCUAUAGGCAACAAUUGGACUUUUGAAUAAGGUAUUUUCAUAAGUAGUUAAUUAUGUAACCAAAAAAACUAUAAAUGUAUACCUAAACACAAUUUUCUUAAUAGAUAUUUUGUUCAAAUUUGGAUCAAAUUAGAGAGGUAUUUAAAUGGAGAAUAAAUAUUUUGAUAAUCAUGUUUUAAAUUAAAAAUAAAUUUUAUUCGUGGACACUUGGAAUUAUUAAAGUAUAUUAUAAUUUAAUAUUUAUACACCUAAUGCCAUUUUCAAUAUAUAAUCAUUAUAAUAUUUAUUUAAAACCAAUUAUUGUUAUAAGAAAAAUAAAUAAAAUACAAAGAAUAUUUAAAGCA